CAAAAUCUCAGUUUUACGCUGGCUUCCGGUCUAGCAUUAUCCGAUAGCAAGACGUGGUGGUAGUGUGGUCUUUUUGUCAUUUUCAACUAACUAGCGAUUGCGAUUUCUAAUAUUAUACGUAUUAUCAACCUUAGUUACAUAAUAGUUUUAGUUUGUUAUAUUUUUACAACAUUUUAGUUAUGAGUUCAACACGCUUUAAGUGUCUUCGGCGGGAAGGUGCGACGUCUCAGUAUUGCUGUGUCCCAUUAUGUGACAUAUCCUCAAGGUGUAAUUCGGUAAUUAGUUUCCACACGUUCCCUUUGGACAUGGAAAUACGAAAAAAAUGGAUUCAUUCUAUUCGUCGUGCCGAUUAUAUCAUCACUCCGAAUUCAAGAGUCUGCAGUCGACACUUCAAGAGUGACGAUUUGAUUGAGCCGUCAACUCCCACGGGACGCCGGCUUCUAAAGAAGGGGGCUGUUCCCACUUUGUUCGAGUGGAACAACUUCGCAACUUCAACACCAAGGCGCACUGGGGUAUGGCAAAGAAGAGAAGUUUCCCCUCCACAGAACGAAGAUCCACUGCCUAUGGAAUUCCAGCAACCAGAACAUGAUUACUGUUCAUCUCCCGUUCCGGCGGCAGUCGAUCUUUCUUUAGAUCGAACUGAAGAACUCCAAAAGGAGGUGGAGCGCUUGAAGAAGCAAGUGGAAGAGCUGUCUGUCCAUCACAGUUUUUGCUUGGGGCGUUUUGCUGCAUCUGACGAUGACAUACGGUUCUUUACUAGGUUUAUGACCUACAGUCAUCUCAUGGCGUUCUGGAGACUCAUUGAGCCUGCAACCAACAGAAUGGUUCGUGUGACAAGGGCAAAAGGAGCUACAAAAAGCGGUGAAGUUGGAGCAACAGGCAAUGCAUCUGGUCACUCCCUACCGCCCAUAGAUGAGUUUUUUCUCUUUAUGGUGCAUCUGUCCCUUGGUCUAACACAGAGGGAUCUGGCUCAAAGAUUUAAUAUUCACCAGUCCACCGUGAGUCGUAUUAUUACAACCUGGGCCAAUUUUCUUUAUACCCUCCUUGGAUCAGUGCGCAUCUGGAUGUCUGAGGAGAUGGUCAAGGCUCACAUGCCAAAGGAGUUCCAGGAUUACCCAGAUACGCAAGUAAUCAUUGACUGCACAGAGCUCCGGUGUCAAACACCAUCCUCCCUGUUGCUUCAGAGUGAAGUCUUCUCCUCUUAUAAAUCCCACUGCACCUUCAAGGGGUUAAUUGGCAUGGCACCACACGGUGCAGUUACUUUUAUUUCAUCCCUGUAUGCAGGAUCUGUCAGCGACAAGGAGCUUUUGAAGCAGUCUGGAAUUGUGCCUCUACUGAAACCUAAUAUGGCUAUUAUGGUCGAUAAAGGUUUUCUGGUGGAUGACUGUGUGCCAUGCAAAGUCUACAGACCUGCUUUCCUGUCAAAAAGGGAACAGAUGUCGGCUGAUGAGGUAAGGAAGACGCAGUCCAUUGCUCGUCUGAGGGUCCACGUCGAGCGUCUCAUCCGCAGGGUGAAGCAACACAAACUAUUUGAUACUGUCAUCCCUCUUUCAAUCACAGGAAGCAUAAACCAGCUGUACACUGUUGCUUGCCUUCUUGUCAAUUACCAGAAUGGGCCCUUGGUAAAAGCAUGGGCAACGGAUUAAAGACUUUGUAUGGGAUGGAUAAAUUUUGAUUGG